AAGUGAACUACAGAACAGCGAUGGCUCGUACUAAGCAAACUGCUCGUAAAUCAACCGGAGGAAAGGCUCCACGAAAACAACUGGCCACCAAGGCAGCACGUAAAAGUGCCCCAGCAACUGGUGGAGUCAAGAAACCUCAUCGUUACAGACCCGGUACAGUCGCUCUUCGUGAGAUCCGUCGUUACCAGAARUCUACCGAGUUGUUGAUCCGCAAGCUUCCCUUCCAACGUCUCGUCCGUGAAAUCGCUCAGGACUUCAAGACCGAUCUYCGYUUCCAGAGCUCUGCUGUCAUGGCCCUUCAGGAGGCUAGCGAGGCUUACUUGGUCGGUCUGUUCGAGGACACCAACUUGUGCGCCAUUCACGCCAAGAGAGUCACCAUCAUGCCCAARGACAUYCAGCUUGCCCGCCGAAUCCGUGGCGAGAGAGCUUAGACUASUUSCCAAUCAAAACAAAACAACGGCUCUUUUAGGAGCCACCACRUGCUUGAAAGGCAAUGACGCAUUUGCUUGAAUAAAUUCAWRAAAUAGUACUCUAAAGUAUAUAUCCACCCAAAGAAACCUUCACAUAUUUGCUGAGAUAUUUGGAAUAAAACUCAA